CCUAUAAUAACAAGAACUUUACUUAAAAGAGUUAAAAUAAAUUGACAACCAUGGAAGCUUGGCUAGCUCAACUGGACAUGGAUGUAGAUUUAUCAAUUCCAACUUCAAUUAACAACUCUUACCACCAAUAUCAACAAAGUGAAACUAUAGAAGUAUCUUUUGAUGAGCAACUUGCUGCUACACUUGGUGAGGAUUUCCCUUAUCCUCUUUCUGGCGAGAGUCAUACCACCUCUCCUCAAUUGGAUUUUGAUUGCGAUGUUAUCGAACAAUUUUUGCUUCCUCAAAUACCGAAUAAUAACAACAAUCACAACAAGGAUAAUGAUAAGAUUCAUAGCUCAAAUGUCCAAGAAGAUACACAACAUUGCGUGAAUAAGGAAGAGAGCACUAGGAAGCAAGCAACCGGAGGUGGUACAAAGAGAAAACGACAACCAAACCAAGUGCAAGAUCACAUUAUAGCCGAGAGGAGGAGGCGGGAAUUACUCAGCCAAAUGUUCAUUUCUUUGUCCGCUAUUGUUCCCGGCCUUAAGAAGGUGGACAAAACUUCGGUUUUAGGAGAGGCGAUUAAAUAUAUGAAACAACUUCAAGAAAAAGUUAAGGUUCUUGAAGAUGUAGCUGCAAAGAGGACCGUUGAGUCCGUUGUGGUAGUUAAAAAAUCUCAAUUGAUAGUCGAUGAUGAUAAAGGAGGGGAUGAUAAUGAAUCUUCUUCCACUGUAGAUGACAAUUGUGACGGUGGUAAUGGCUCCAAUGGUAAUGGUGGUAAUAGCAAUGAAUCAAAUAAUAUGGGUGAUUCACUUCCUGAAAUUGAAAUUAAAAUCUCUGGGAAAACACUCCUCUUAAGAGUAUAUUGCGAACAACAAAAAGGUGUUUUGGCCAAGAUAUUUGCGGAGGUAGACAAGCAUGAUAUAAAUGUUACUAACUGUAGUGUUAUACCAUUCGAGAGUUUGGCUCUAGACAUUACAAUUGUUGCACAGAUGGAAAACGGCUUCAACAAGAAUGUGAGAGAUUUUGUUAGAACUCUUCACUCAGCGUUGCGAUUGGCUAGCCAUCAAGGUCGUGUGUCAAGUGAAGAUAAUCAUAGCUCAUAACUUAUCACUUGUUUAACUUUGAAUUAUCAUUCCGAAUAAGACCUAGGAAUAUUGCACCUUUUUUCCAUUAAUAAGGGCCUUUUUCUUAAUGAUAAAGGAUUAAAUGUAGUAUCUAGCGCAAGAGUCAAGACAUGUAUACUAAGAUAUGAACAAAUUUUGGUCCAAUUUUGUGUCAUCAACAUUCUAUUAGUUAAGAGAUAUAAAUACAAUGAAAAAUUUUCCAUCUCAAA